UGAGCGGCGAAAGCCGGGAGGGCGAGGGAGAGUGCGAGCAGGCAGCAGGCAGCAGGCGGGCAGGCGGACGGACCGCACGGACGGAGGAAGCGAGCGAGCAGUGAGUGAGCUAGAGACGGCGGCCGGGUCCCGAGGGCAGCCGGAAUUCCUCAGGUCCCCCUGGCCCCUCCCCGGAGCCCACAGCGCCUCCGGUCUCCAGCGGAGCGGACACGGCCCGGCCCGGCCAUGGCCUCGUUGCUGAAGGUGGAUCAGGAAGUGAAGCUCAAGGUUGAUUCUUUCAGGGAGCGGAUCACAAGUGAGGCAGAAGACUUGGUGGCAAAUUUUUUCCCAAAGAAGUUGUUAGAACUUGAUAGUUUUUUGAAGGAACCAAUCCUAAACAUCCAUGACCUAACUCAGAUCCACUCGGAUAUGAAUCUCCCGGUCCCUGACCCCAUUCUGCUCACCAACAGCCAUGAUGGACUGGAUGGUCCCACUUACAAGAAGCGAAGAUUGGAUGAGUGUGAAGAGGCCUUCCAAGGAACCAAGGUGUUUGUGAUGCCCAAUGGGAUGCUAAAAAGCAACCAGCAGCUGGUCGACAUCAUUGAGAAAGUGAAACCUGAGAUCCGGCUGCUGAUCGAGAAAUGUAACACGGUGAAAAUGUGGGUACAGCUCCUGAUUCCCAGGAUAGAAGAUGGGAACAACUUUGGAGUGUCCAUUCAGGAGGAGACAGUUGCAGAGCUAAGAACCGUUGAGAGUGAAGCUGCAUCUUAUCUGGACCAGAUUUCUAGAUAUUAUAUUACAAGAGCCAAAUUGGUUUCUAAAAUAGCUAAAUAUCCCCAUGUGGAGGACUACCGCCGCACCGUGACGGAGAUUGAUGAGAAAGAAUACAUCAGCCUUCGGCUUAUCAUAUCAGAGCUGAGGAACCAAUAUGUCACUCUGCAUGACAUGAUCCUCAAAAAUAUCGAGAAGAUCAAACGGCCCCGGAGCAGCAAUGCAGAGACGCUGUACUGAGGCCAGGGCCAGGGCCAGGGGACUCUGUGAGUCUGGCUCAAGACCGACAUUGCCUUGGUUUGUUACCUGACUAUCGUGAUGGGGAAACUGGCUGGAAAUAGUAUCACACCUCUCUGUUUUUAGUUAGAGUCGAAUGAAACUCUCAUCUAGU